ACCUUAAAUCCCUCAAGAAAAUCCAAAUUGAUUUUCAAUCUCAUUUCUCCCAUCGAGAGAAAUUAUCUCUUAAUAAAUCCGAAUUUACGUUCAAGUGCUUCCCCAUUCCCAAUUUCUUUUUAAUAAUGGAAAUUUCUGUUUCGAAUGACAGUUACUGCUGUUGACUCACCCAGUAUUCAGUAGAUACGGCGGACGUGAUCAGACGUGAAAGUGUGCUCGUGACAAUGUCAGCGCCGGCUAAGAAACGUGAGAUCGAUGAGGAGUCGAAAGAAAAUGAGGAGAUGACCAGCAGUAAUGACAGCAGUGACGACAACGAGAUGGACACCAACGACGAGCAGGGGACCCAGAUCAUGGUGGACUUUGUGGGCCGGAUUCCCGAGGAUCCGGAUUUCAACGGGAUCAAACUGCUCCUUCAGCAGCUGUUUCUCAAGGCCAAGGUGGAGACCUCGGAGCUCGCUAAUUUCAUCAUCGAACGCAACUAUGUGGGCUCUGUGGUGAAGCAGGGCGGGGACGACGAUGCGGAGGAUGAGGAUGACGAGGAGAAUGACAUUAAUGAUGUCUUUGGAAUUACGACGAUUAUCAAUAUCUCUCAGGGACAGAACCAAGACUGCAUAAAACAACUUCGAAAAGUUCUGGCUGAUUACUCAAGCGACUACGCCUCGGACACCACAAAUGCCCUGAUAAAGAGCAUCCUGGAGAAUGACUCAGCGGCCCUCGGUCUCAUAAUAAACGAGAGAUUCGUCAACAUUCCCGCAGACAUAGCAGUCCCCCUACUCGAGAACUUGAUAGCCGACAUGAAACGAGCUGUCAAUAAGAAAAUGCCCUACGACUUUCAGUACUACGUUUUAAUCUCAAAGCUCUACAAGCCAAAGAAUACCCCUGGAAAGAAGAAGAAGAGGGGAGUGGAGGAGCCUGAAUUAAUCUGGAGUAAUCCAGAGGAGGAGAUAUUCGCUGAGGACGCAAUGUGUAGUUUUGAAUUUUCCGUUGAUAAAGACUCUGACACGAGUGCCUGGGCAGACGACGACGAGGAGAUGGUGCCCCACAGGCGAGUCAUGCUCUUUGAAGCCACUAAAUUGCCCUCAAUCAUCGAGAAAAUAAAGAAAGAAUUGGCCCAUUGAAGAAUUUUAAAAAAACUGAAAAAGAAUCAUUUAAUCAAAAAUAUUUACCGAUACAUUUUCGACGCUGAAAACAAAACGAAUGCUUAUUUUUCGUUCUUUUGUACAUAUGUAUAAGUAUAUAUAGAUAUUUUUUAGCAUUUUGUAAUACUUGUGAAAUUAACUUUUCAUGAUAGUAGUGAGGCAAUUGUGGGUGAAAAUCAUGUGGAAACAUCGGGAUAGGUGAGAGACUGUCUGACUGGCUUUGCUCGUCGUCUCAUUGUACCCAGGAUGUUCAGCAUCUCGGACACAGCUGCUGGGGCACUCUCCAUCUCACGUUUUCGUCGUCUCUCCUCGUCCCGUUGUUUCUGCAGGGUUAUUAAUGGACUUGAAAUAAACGAAAUUUUUAUGAAUUUACGAGAAAAA